AUGGUACUCCGCAACACUAGAGAAGAAGUGGUUUUGAAGCUUAAGAAGGGAGAUGUUAUACCAGUACCUAUAGGAAGUGUCUCAUGGUGGUUCAACAAUGGAGACUCAGAUCUCAUCAUUAUUUUCCUUGGAGAAACUUCAAAGGCUCUUAUUCCAGCAGAAAUAAGUUAUUUCUUCCUAACUGGGGUUCAAGGAGUUAUAGGAGGCUUCUCUACUGAGCUCACUAGCAAAAUAUAUGGCUUAGACAAAGAUGGGGUGGAAAAGCUGGAUCUGGGGUUAAGUGUGAUUAAAGUGAAACUUGAACCUGGUGCUAUUAAGGCUCCCUCAUACCAAAUCAAUCAUUCAGUUCAGUUGAUUUACAUUGCUAAAGGAAGUGGGAAGAUUGAAUUUGUGGACUUCAGUGGAAAAAGUGUUUUAGACACUCAAGUUGAGGCUGGUCAUUUACUUGUUGUGCCACAGUUUUUGUUGACUGCUGCAAUUGCAGGAGAAGAAGGAUUGGAGAGUGUCUCUAUAGUGACAGCAGAGGCAUUGUUUGAUGAGUUAGGUGGGAGGGCAUCAAUUUGGAUCAUCUUGUCACCUUCUGUGCAACAAGCAUCUUUUAAAGUGGAUUCAGAAUUUCAAAGCCUUUUCAUAUCCAAGAUCAAAGAAACCACAAAUCUCAUUCCUCCCACUACUUAG